ACAGCAACACACUCGGAGCGCCUCUUUAACUGCGACGUUGUGCACUGACAGCACAUUGUGUUUCUCUCGUCUGUCGCAGUAAACAGAAGAAAAAAAAAAAUGUCCAUAUUUACGCCAACAAACCAAAUCCGACUCACCAACGUGGCGGUGGUGAGGAUGAAGAAAGGAGGGAAGCGGUUUGAAAUCGCCUGCUACAAGAAUAAAGUCAUGAACUGGAGAGCAGGAGCAGAGAAAGACCUGGACGAGGUUCUGCAGACACACUCGGUGUUCGUUAAUGUGUCCAAAGGUCAGGUGGCUAAAAAGGACGACUUGACCAAAACUUUUGGGACAGAUGAUCUGACAGAAAUCUGCAAACAGAUCCUGGCCAAAGGAGAGCUCCAGGUGUCCGACAAGGAAAGGCACAGUCAGCUGGAAACCAUGUUCAGGGACAUCGCGACUAUUGUGGCGGAGAAGUGCGUCAACCCGGAGACGAAGAGGCCGUACACGGUCAGUCUCAUCGAGCGGGCGAUGAAGGACAUCCACUACUCUGUCAAGGCCGGAAAGAGCACUAAACAGCAGGCUCUGGAAGUGAUCCGGCAGCUGAAGGAGACCAUGGAGAUCCAGAGAGCCCACAUGAGGCUGCGAUUGGUGCUGCCAGCCAAGGAGGGCAAGAGGCUGAAGGAGAAGCUGAAGCCGCUGCUGCAGGUUGUGGAGAGUGAAGACUUCGACGAGGAGCUGGAAAUGGUGUGUCUGGUGGAUCCCGGCUGCUUCAGGGAGAUCGAUGAGCUGAUCCGCUGUGAGACUAAAGGCCGAGGUUCUCUGGAGGUUCUCAGUCUGAAGGACGUAGAGGAGGGAGAGGAGAAAUUCUAGUAGCAACCAGUCGGGACUCUGCACCUUAUCCACACUAACACACUUCACUGCGGCACACAGACAGCUCGACUCGUUGAACAGACUCUGUUUAUGAGGAGAGUCUUGCUAAUUGCAGCCAUUCCUGUUACUCGGACUCUCUACGUUCAAAGGAUUUAUUAAAAAUGAUUUGCCAGAUUUGCAUGCUGGGUGGAAUGUAUUUUUUAAAAAUAAGUUUGAGCGUUUAUACGUAAACUAAACAGUUCAAGGCUGAAUUUACAGUAUUUGUUUUAUUUCAGAACUUCUGGACCGUUAACAGAACUUCGUCUCUGCCUUCCAUCUGACUUCGUGUGCCAUGUAGUCUCGCUCAAUAUCUCGAUUUUAUGGAUCAUUUCUUUAACCCAAAUAAUGUAUAUUUUUGUCAUAAUGAAAUGAGUUUGCUCUGUAGUAAAUAAAUAUAUAACAAAAUA